UUGCCGGCUCCUUCCGCUGUGUGUUGGCGAGGAGGGAACUACAUUUCCCAGAGUGCAUCAGUCAGCAACUCCCAGCAUGCAACAGAGCCCGACCCAACCCAGGGGCUCAGAGGCGCCCGGAACUGCUGGUACCGAAUAUAUUUGUGGGAAUAAGUGUCGGUCACCGGGACCGACUGUACCGGGAACUCGCUGCGUGACGGUACAUUCCCGCGAUAUGAGACUUGUGACGUCAGGACUCGCUGCCCGGAAGCGGCGGGAACAUUAACGGGACUGUGGGGCAGCGAUCCGGGAUGGGAAUGGGCAGCUUACCCGGGACCUUCUGCAACCCAUUGGCUGUGGCUGCCGGACCCACCGGGAGGUACUGGUUCUGCCUCAAACCUACUGGCACUUGGUACAGUCUGGGAUCCAAUGCAAGGUACUGGUUCUGAGUGAGAAACUGGGAUCCAAUGCAAGAAAGAACAUGGCGCAAUAUUUGGGGGGCGUGUGAUAUGUUGGGGUUUGGCAUGGUGCCCGACAGCUGCACCCCCACAUCAUGGAACCUGUCGGAAUGAGGGCAAGCAGCCAGGGAACUGAUGAAGGCUGUCUGGGCUGCUUUGGGGUGAGUGACACCCCAAUAUGUGCUUUAGAGACUGACGGUUCCCAAAGAGCAGUCAUGGAGGAGCUGAUGUUGGGGCAGCACAACCCAGGGGGUGGGCCUCCCGAUGUGCAAGGUGCCCUUAGAGCUGAAGGCGGGACCCAUGUGGGCGAUAAUGUGCCACUUCAAGCCCCACGGCGGCGGAAUCGCAGGGCCCGGUGUGACCCAGUGAAAGUGCCAACGGUUCUUUCUGCAGAAGUUCCGAGCGUGAGGAGCGCGAUGCAACAUUUCCUAAACAACAAGGAGAGAAAGAUGUUCCACUUGGGGCUCCUCGCGGGGGCGGACACUGAGGGCAAUCCCGAUCCUUCCAUCACCGUGAAGUCAAGCUCAUAUAUCUGCGUUGAGUGUGGCCAGUGUUUCUCGUAUGAAGUAGCCUACAUAGAGCACCGCAAGCUGCACAAACCCUUCAGACUGGAGGCGGGCGCCAUGGGCACGGUGGGUAGUGCCACCAAGGUGCCCACGUUUGACCAGAAGAGAGCGGGGCGGGAGUUCAUGUGUACAGAAUGUGGGAAAACCUUCAUUGGGAAGUCCAACCUGAUAGUCCAUCAGAGGACACACACUGGAGAGAAGCCCUACGGCUGCAUCUUUUGUGGCAAACAUUUUGGGAGAAGCUCGGUCCUUAGAAAGCACGAGAGAAUCCACACGGGGGAGAAGCCCUACACCUGUCUCUACUGCGGGAAACAGUUCAGUCAGAACUCUGGGCUGAAGAACCACGAGAGAAUUCACACCGGGGAGAAACCCUACGCCUGUGCCGAAUGUGGAAGGCGCUUCAGCCAAAGUGCCGACCUUAUGGUGCACUACAGAACCCACACCGGGGAGAAGCCCUUCAUAUGUGUGGAGUGUGGCAACAGCUUCAUCCGCAGCUCCGACCUAGUCAUUCACCAAAGGACUCACUCGGGCAUCAAACCCUUCUCCUGCACCGAGUGCGGCAAGUGCUUCAGCCAGAGGUCCCAGAUCAUCCGACACCGGAGAACCCACACCGGGGAGCGGCCAUUCUCCUGCGACGUGUGCAUGAAGAGCUUCAUCCUCAGCUCGGAACUCAAGAAGCACCACCGAGUGCACACUGGCGAGAAGCCCUAUAAGUGCAAGGAGUGCGGCAAGUCUUUCCGGCACUGCUCCAACAUGAGCCGCCACCAGAAGAUGCACGUGGACAUUCUGGCAAUGUGAAGGCAGAGGCCUUCUGGGAAGCCCAAGAAUCUUUGUUGGUUUAUGCCUAAUAUUCCCAGAGAGUGAUCAAGCACUGCUGCACCGUUCCCCCUACUCCUUCUGGGUAAUGAUUGGGCCAAGUAACUUGCCAUUCUGGGUAAUGAUUGGGCCGAGUAACUUGCCAUUCUGGGUAAUGAUUGGGCCAAGUAACUUGCCAUUCUGGGUAAUGAUUGGGCCAGGGCCAAGUAACUUGCCAUUCUGGGUAAUGAUUGGGCCGAGUAACUUGCCAUUCUGGGUAAUGAUUGGGCCGAGUAACUUGCCAUUCUGGGUAAUGAUUGGGCCGAGUAACUUGCCAUUCUGGGUAAUGAUUGGGCCAGGGCCAAGUAACUUGCCAUUCUGGGUAAUGAUUGGGCCCAGUUACUCUGUAGUACACCCUUGUUAAUAAAGCUGGUCCCAGUGCAGAAGCUUGGACAAACUGGGCUACUCUGGGGGGCUCUGGGUAUGGGGGUGCCUUGGCCUCACAGUUACUGUAUGGGCGGUGCCUGGGGUCUCCCCCUGCCCAGGAAGCCUUGGUCUCUCUGGUCUCCUUGCACAACAAUUGCCCCAAGCGGCAGCUACUGGGAGAUGGGAACAUCAGGAAAGUCCUACUCCCAGAGGGACCCUACUGUGCCCCAUAAUGCAACGUUUGCUCGUGUCUCCCCCACCAACCGCCACUCACAGGGCGGCACCCACUUCUUUGUGUUCGGCACCCACUUUGGUCAGGCCGACGCUCUGCAUUGUAACAUGAAUAAAGCCAUAGUAUUUUAUUAUUG